AUGUUUGCUAUUGUGAAAAGUGAGUUUAGAGUUUUUUUUUUACAAUGCCAACCGCUCAAUGGUCAAGAUGACCUUUUAUUUUUUGAUCCAAAUGACCAUUUUGAGCGGUGCACAGAAAAAUAUCAAGGCACCGGUUGUGUAGAUUCGGGAAACCACAUUCCCAAAGACUUGGGAACCUUAGUUUCUAAAUUUGGCCUUUCGAGUGAUCAAACCUGCGGUUUCUUCCUAGUUAUUGCCUAUGGUGCCUGUCGAUUAGGAUUUUGGCAUGUGCUGCAUGCGGGGUUUGGACAUUCUUGACUAGCGCCGCUUGUAAAAGGUACCAUUUGACAUUGUUGAUGUAAUACUAGGUGUAAAACCUUUAUUCUUUCGCAAUACCUCAAGGAGUGCUUUUUAUUGGGCUGGCAUGGUUGGUGUUUGUCUUCAUGACGUAAUCUUCGGUAUUGUUUUACUUCUUCUAGAAACCCCGUAUUAUAUGUAUAAUAGUAGUCAUUUUGUAACGUCUCGGCCCCUGCGUGUUUAAGUUUAUGCGGUAAAGAUAAGCGUAGUUGUAACAAAGGGAUACUUGUAGUCUUCGUUUAAAGACGCCCUCAUCCUCAAAUAGACAAAUAUUUUCGAGAAAGUUUUAUUUUAAAAAAUAGACUUUGAGAAAAUUUUACAUUUAAAAAAAUAUACCCAUCUUUUUUGAUAGGUAUGUAAAUAUUAUUAGAUUAACACAAAAAAUCAGUUGGAUAGUCAAUAAUUGGAAGAUUGAGCGCAAUCAACAGUCUGUCGGGAAAACAAUGAGCACAAUGUCGCUGCGCCGAUCGCGUCGCCGCAGUGAAAAGCAGUGUGAUUUUGCCACGACACACCUCUGUAUUUUGCGACAUAGUACCGAUUGCUCAUUAUUUUUCCGACAGACUGAUAGUUGAGUCUUGCAAAAAAACCCUGUCUUUGCACUAUCUUACAUUUUCACGCAGUUCUUUUUUGUACAGUAAGAUCAUUAAAGCCACUAAUUGUAGCCCGUUAAUCCUAAGAGAAGAAACUAGCGGAACGGCAGUUUAGCAUAUUGUAUUCUGUACGGAGAAUCUUGUAAACAUAAAUUACCACUGCAUGCUUGUGUUCUCUGUAAAAGCUUAUAUUCUGUGUGACGUAUUCGAAGAGGUAUGUAGGUUGAUACAAAUUAGAGAUCUGGAUACAAAGUGUAUAUUGUACUUUAAUAGCAUCAAUAUUUGUAAAUUCUGCGAAGUGAAGAAUCCGUGUAAACCCCGUUCAACAAACAGCAUGGCAAACGGAGAAUAUUAUAAACACAAGUGUUUACGGUUACCCUUUACGUCAGAUUCUUUGUUGUUUUGCAUAACCAAAGUUGUUUUCGAAGGGAGAUUGAAGUAGGAAUGCGGGGUUAGACAAAAAAAUCAUAUACAGGGUGUCCCAAAAAAAAUGCAUGUUUUUUUCCAUGGGUCCUGACGCAAAAAUGUUUAGGUCAGGCCAAAAGAUUUUUGUACUGCUAAAAUCUCCGUGUUUUUCUGCCCUAGUUAUUUCAGUUUUGUGUUCAUAUCGAUUAAGUAGCAUUGUUUUUUAAAAUGUGAAACAAAGGAACUGCGAUUUUGUCACUAUUUUUGAGCCGUUCAAGUUGUAAAUUUGCCCAGUAUAGAAAGGACGUUGUGUCAAAAGUAAUCACGCGAUGGAAGGAGCUUGAUAACGAUAGUAAGCGUCCAGGACGUAAAGGAAAACGCACCGCCAGCGGUUCUGUCAACCGGGAGAACACCAACAGCAAAACGCUAUUUUCAAGAAAAAAUUGCCUUGGAGAUCGGCAUCAGCGACCGAUCGGUCACCCGAAUAGUCUAUGAUGAGCUACGCCUCACGCUGUAUAAGCUGUAAAAAGCUCAGAUCUUUAAAGUAGACGGCAAGUGCGUGCGGCGCGAAAAAUGUCGAAAACUCAAGGGCUGGGCCGCAACUCACAGACGUGAGCGCAUUCGUUCGUGGUUCAAUAUUUGGCGGAUGCACAACCACCAGAGCAAUUGGAUCUUCUUAGAUGAGGCCCUCGGCAUGUCGGCUAACGUCGAAAGCCGUCAAAAUCCGGGCCGUCAUCGCCUAAGGCGGAAUUUCUCCCAGCGGCAAGAAUUCCAUGGUUUUCUCGGAUCAAGGGGGCAAAACUUUAGCGCCGCGUUAAUCUUGAUUUUCCCGUACUUCUGUUGACUCAGCAGAACCUCGGCAAUGCAAAUUUGGCGUCCUUGCUAGACUCAGCUCCGGCUCACAAGGCAAAAUCGACUCAGGAUCCGAAAUGGGAACGAUUUUCCCGAUUUCACCCCGUCCGCAAAAUGGCCGUCUGCUCGCCGGAUCUGAAUCCGUUUGACUACUAUUUUUUUCAAUUGGAGGCCAUUGCCUGUACUACACACCACAAAAGUUUGGAAUGGCAAAGUAAUCGUUGCGCCAAGAACGGGACCGAUUUCCUCGAAAAAGGCUGCGGCCCCGAGCCCAAAAUUUUAAGUUACGUUUGAAGCUCUAUAUCGCCACCAAGGGCAGCCACUGUGAAACUGGCUUGGUAUGUUAUCAAUAAUCCUCUAUGUUACUGAUAUCCAUCGUUAGUUUGGCUAAAUUUUGUUUGGUAUAUAAAAUGUAGCCAUAAAAAUAACAUGCAUUUUUUUUGGGACACCCUGUAUAUGAAGCACUAGACAAUACGAUAUUUUAUAAGGAAAGCAUAAUGAAAAGCAUAAUGAUUUUUUGCUUUUCCCGAUAGUCCUAGUCCGAACGCACUGCGGGAGUAGUUCUUCAUUUGCCAGGGGUUUCAAAAAGCUUACAGAGCCUUUAUGAAUAUCCUCACGGUACAACAACUUUCAGCACCAGGCACCUACCUCACAAUCUACCGUUACUACCUGCUUCACCAAGUGCUUUGGGCUUUUGUCUUUGACAUUGCGAUUUUCUUCUUCAUUCCCAUAGUUCACCUGCCUCACGUUUGUUAUCAAUCUACGGGAGUUCUGAAAACAGUGCUCAGCCAUUACGGAAACUAUUACUUCCUCUAUAUUUUUACGAUUCUCUGCGGCGGAAAAGCAUACGCUCAAUGGUUAUGCAUUUUGUACCGUUAUAUUUUGGCCUACCGCCAUCGAGCCAGAUAUGGAGCGCUCAUGGAUUACUUAGCGAGAUUUGGGCUGCCAUGGACACCGACGCUUUACUGCGGUGUUUUUGUUUCGGGUAUUACGGCGGUUUGGGUAAGUAUAGAAGGCUGUAAAAAGUUUAUUGGCGUAAUUCGGAGAAUUCAUGUAUUCAUUUCAGCUUGUUCUUAGUUAUUUCACCGGAAAUCCUGCGGCCACCACCUCCAAUCUCAGAGUUUCCGACCCCAAAGUUCGUGAAUUACUGCUGUAUUUUCCCAAAGCAACGUGCAUGAUACAGCAGAAUUCAAGCCACAAAUUCGUCUUUCUUAGUGGUAUUUUUCUGCUGGUUGCGUGGGGCAUGGCGAUGGCGUUUUUGGCCCUCUCAAUGGCCUAUACGUUGAAAACGGACAAGCACACGUUUUCGAAAACCGGUCGUCUACAAUGGAUGUUGUUUCGAUCUUUGGUAGCGCAACUUGGUGUGACGCUAAUAUUCAUGUACUUCCCCGUAUUGGUAUGGUUUAUGGCCGGAUAUUUCGACAGCAAAUACGACAUGUUGUUCGGUCUUGGGGCUGUUGCUUUUCUGGAGAUGCACUCGACAGUGGAUUGUGUGGCAAUCUUACUGUAUGUUCGGCCGUUUCGACAUACAAUCCGAAAACUCUUCUUCAAGACGUCGGACAAUAAGACGCUUUCGUCUAGGUCGACUAAAAGCCAUAUUACCGUUGUCAUGCCACGAUUCAACUAUUGA